ACAAAUGCCUCACUCCUCGAGCCUCCAAAAUGUGUGCAUAACUACCCAUUGGUGUACUGUCCGGUCUUUCCUUUGUAUUGCGCGAGCUUGAGAGGCUCCGCAAACCGGGCGAGAUUCCGGCCCGAUACGGUGCGUAGCUCGUCUUGCCGUUUGGCGGAGUGGCAGGGUGCACCGUGCGGUCAUAUGCACAGGUGUGCUUAGUGGUACUCGCUCUACGACCUCGUCUCUCGUUCCACCACGCCCUUCAUGCGACGAGCACCAUCCUCUCUCCUCCGGAGCAGUCUCAGACGACAACGACGGGCCUAUUCAGUCCUUACAGAUCCCAAUCCGCCUGUGAAGAUCACGACGCUGCCCAACAAAAUCCGUGUCGCGACAGAGUCUACUCCUGGGCACUUCUCGGCAGUAGGCCUCUACGUUGACGCAGGCUCUCGGUAUGAGACACCGUCCACGUCGGGCGUGAGCCAUUUCUUGGACAGGAUGGCCUUCAAGACCACCACCUCUCGGUCAGACGAGGAGAUGGCGCAUGCCAUUGACAGACUCGGCGGCCAGAUUUUGUGCUCGUCUUCGCGAGAGUCCAUCAUGUAUCAGUCCUCGCACUUCCACCAAGCGACUCCUCUUGCGCUGUCGCUCAUCGCAGACACAGCAUUGCAGCCGGCCUUCCUUCCCGAGGAGAUUGAUGCACAGCGAGAGGCUGCCCGCUACGAGAUCAGAGAGGUGACCGCAAAGCCAGAGAUGAUCCUCCCGGAGAUCCUCCACGAGGUCGCAUACGAUCAAAACACACUGGGGAACCCACUGCUAUGCCCCGAGCACCGCAUCGACCUCAUUGACCAGCCAACCAUGAAGGGCUUCAUGACGCAGUGGUACCGACCAGAGCGCAUGGUCAUUGCAGGAGCGGGUAUGCCGCACGAAGAGCUAGUCGAGCUUGCGGACAAGUAUUUCUCGUCAUUACAGGCCGCGCCUGCCCUCGCACCGUCAGCGACAUCAUCACGGACGGCCGCACAGCAAGCACCGUCGCAGCUCCUCCACUCCUCCUCGACACCCUCUCCACUCAAAUCGCUCACUCGCGCAGCAUCAUCAUAUCUCUACCCCAUGACCAGCGUCACCGGUGCUGACGCCGCACUAAUUCCGGAGUCGACGGAGGCAACCUACACCGGCGGCUCGCGCUUCAUCCACAGCCCCUCGUCCGAGUUCAACCACGUCUAUCUUGCAUUUGAGGGCGUCGGCAUUCACGAUGACGAUGUCUACGCGCUCGCGACGAUACAGGUCCUCCUCGGCGGUGGCGGGAGCUUCUCCGCAGGCGGCCCGGGCAAGGGCAUGUACUCGCGGCUCUACACGCACAUCCUGAACCACUACCCGCAGAUCGACCACUGCGCGUCCUUCCACCACAUCUACACCGACUCGUCGCUUUUCGGGCUCUUCGCGUCGUUCGUGCCCGCUGUGGGUCGCCACUCCGCGGGCAACACACCCUCGCAGAUCUUCCCGCACCUCGCGCACCAGCUCUCACUCCUUCUUUACACGCCCAUCAGCGAGACGGAGCUCCAGCGCGCGAAAAACCAGCUCAAGAGCAGCCUUAUGAUGGCGCUCGAGAGCCGUGCCGUCGAGGUGGAGGACCUCGGCCGCCAGGUGCUCGUGCACAAUCGCAAGGUCCCCGUCAGCGAGAUGUGCGCCAAGAUUGACGCGGUCAACCCAAAGUCGCUGCGCGCUGUCGCGCAGAGGAUCUUCAGCCCGGAGCAGGCGAAGCGCGCGACCGUCGUUGUCAUGGGCCGCGAGGACUUGCCCGACAGGGAUGCGACGUUGAGGAAGUAUGGCGUCGGAGGUGCGGCGUGAGGGAUGGGUCUCAUGGGUCGCGUAUCGUAUCAUGCUAUCAGUACAAUAUUGAAUUAAUAC